UCAUAAAUGUCCUGAAUCUGAUCUUACAUCUAAUGACCUGCUCUCUUUUUCUGCCCACAUAUUGCUUCUAAGAUCACUUCGCUAAAAAUAUCAAUGAGGUUAAAGGAUAAGGUGGCUAUAAUCACCGGGGCAGCAAGUGGUGUCGGCGAAGCAACGGCAAGGUUAUUUGUAGAAUAUGGUGCAUUUGUUGUGAUUGCCGACAUCCAAGAUGAAUUAGGCGAUCAAGUUGUCUCUUCGAUUGGGCCAGAUAAAGCUAGUUACAUACAUUGCGAUGUUACGGACGAAAAACAAGUUGAAGAGACAGUAAGAUAUGCUUUAGACAAGUAUGGGACGCUAGAUAUUGUGUAUAGCAAUGCAGGAAUCCUAGGAUCAGUGCGUCCGAUUCUUGACAUAGACCUGAAAGAAUUCGAGAAUAUGAUAGCUAUUAAUGUCUGCGGUGGUGCAGCCAUGAUAAAGCACGCCGGUCGCGCUAUGGUGGCGCGUAACAUUGGUGGAUCAAUCAUAUGCACGGCUAGUGCAACAGCAAUUCGAGGUGGGAUAGGACCAAGUGAUUACACAACAUCAAAACACGCAGUAUUGGGCCUGGUUCAUUCUGCUUCAUAUGAGUUGGGAAUGUAUGGUAUCAGAGUUAAUUGUGUCUCUCCUAUAACUGUUGCGACACCAUUGACAUGCAAGUCAUCUGUGUUCAAAAGUCUUAGUUUGGACCCAGAGCUUGUCGAAGUUUUUGCUUCUGUCACAUUGAAUCUGAAGGGAAUGGUUUUAAAGGCGAAAGAUGUAGCAGAGGCAGCUUUGUUUCUGGCUUCCGAGGAGUCAUGUUGCAUCAACGGACAUAAUAUUGUCAUUGAUGGUGGAUUAACAUCUACCAGUAACAUAUACCCAAUAGAUUAUUCGACGCUGAUAAUUCCAUUUUUGCGAUGGUCAGUCCACAAAUGCAUCGCAAAAUGUUCUUCCAUGUUUGCAGUUUGUAAGAGUUACCUGUUCAAUUAGCUGGAGGUCAAAAUACAUUUUUAUCAUUUCUACUUAUUAAAAUUGUUAUCUUUUACCCUUCUUAAUUAGAUUGAUAAUGAGAAUGAAGUUUU